AAUGUCAGAUAAAAGGGUUUUUGCAAAUUGUGUUUUAUUCCCAAGGGGAUGUGUGAUAAGAAUCACGAGGAAUAUAAGUUGUGGGUAGGGAUAGAAAAGAUGACUGGUAUUACCAAAAAGAAGCAUAUUAUGAAGUACCCUCAAGUGGUGUCAAUGCCUUCGGCCGUCUCUAAUUGGCUAGAUGAACAGUUGGAAGCACGUGGUAUCGAUGCAGUAGUUUAUACUCGCUAUAUCCUCAGUUUGCUACAUUCACAUACAGUUGACGUCUUGUAUCCAGAGGACGAUUUCCAGUUUCCAUAUUCUCACUCUAAAAAAAACUGCGAAAUAGAGUCUCUGGUAGACGAACUUUGUGAAAAACUGAAGGAAGUCAAUAGCGAAACCACGUUUCCCCACUUUAACUCGUCAGAAGUUAUAGCAGAAACUGUCUACGAAUCUAAGAAGAUCACACCUCAAGAACUUGCCGAAAAGUAUUACGCCGCUUUCCCCCCUCUUUGUCCGCAAUCACCCUCCGAAGAAUCUAAAUUGUUGUCGUUGAUACCCAAGUGGAGAAACGUCACCUCCUCCUCAUCUCCGUUGGUUACUUCUCCAAUCAAGAAGAAAUCGACCAGGAAGAAUUGUAAAAUCGGCAACGGAAACAGGUCCCAUGCCAAAGAAAGUCACGAUACAAUGAAAGCUCGCAACCAAACUAAACAACGUCUCAACUGUUUAGCUCGCAAUAAGAACAACUUGCGCAACAACGCCACUUUCAAUACCUGGGACCUAAGCUUCUUUCCCGCCAACAAUAAAAAGUUCGCUAAUAAUAAAACGAAAAGAGGAUCAGUCCGACAUGGAGGAAUCUUUCGAUCAGUGUGUAGAAAUUAACAGAAACAUUUGGGACAAUGAAGAUGAAGUUAAUAUGUAUGAGGAUUUGCCUGUUGACAUCAUAGAUUUGCUGGAUUCUCCGAGGCCAAGUGAUGACACAGUUGAGAUGAUGAAUAUCGCAAACAUGAGAGAUACUGGGAAGCGAAGAUUUAUCCCAUACGGGACGAACAUUAUGAGCUCCAUAUGGUCAACUGAUCAAGAUGUAACUUUUGACAAUAAUUUCAACUCAACCAUCGAUGCCUCACAGAAUGUCGCCAAUAAUACAGAACUAACUCUAGACUUCAAAUUCAGCGCAAUCUCUAUUGACAAUCCAUCUCUCAAUUCCUCGUUUGAUGAUUGGCCGCCAGCUAAUUCUAUGGUUGAAAACGAGACCAACGCUCUAUUCGAAACCAACAAGGAAUUUAGACAUAAAUAUUUCUCUAAUGAUUUCCAUAGCCUUCCUGGUAAUUGGAGCGUUGGAGAGGGAAGAAAUGUGGACGCUGAAAAGGAAAUAUACGAAACGGAAAAAUUGUUGGCUUUCAGUUUGAUGAAGUUAAAUCACAAUAAGGAGAAAAGUGGCUUUCGAGAAGUAACACCAAGAUCUGCGUCUCAGCCAAAGGCCUUUACCCCUUUUGGAAAAUCGGUGAAUACCUUUAACUUCAAGGCUGAAAAGGAUUAUAUCGAAAACUCGGAUAAGGAGGAUUUGUUAACAUCAGAACGUUCCCAUUUCAAGCCUAUUUGUGAAAAAGAUGAGGUUCGACAUCAAUCGAAAUAUGCCGAUGGUGCAACAUUCAUAAUUUCCAAUAAUCUUGAUAAGGUUGAUUACAAAAGAAGUGAAAGUGGUACAAUGUGGCUUGAAACGGAAUUUGGUCAAACUAAAAAAUAUUAUGAAUAUAAAAUGCCUGGGAAGCCUAUUUUUACGGAACCAGUGGAAUUCAUUCUUAAAUUUAGUAUUAACGAAAACGACAAGGCUUGCCAAACGGAUGAUUGGGAAUCGGAUAAUGAGGUUGAAGGAUAUACUAAAAUUGAGAAUAAAAUGAGCGUUAGUGAAAUGCCACUGUCUUCCACAAACAACGAUGAUCAUUUAGAAAAACCUCAGCACCACUGUGCCUGCCCUGACAUCACGACAGCCAAUGCGACAACAACCGCUUCGAACAAGGAUAACUCUGCAGCUUGCCCUAUAAACCUCAUUCAACGUCCUGAAAGUAUGCUCAGCGAAGUUGUAUGGAAAUAUGAAGAAAAAUCGUGCGAAAAAUGUCAUGGUAAUAAUAUGGCAUGGAGUAACAGUGAUUGGUCUUCUUGUAAUAAGGGGCAGGUCGAUUCUGAUUGGGAUGAAAAUGGAUUGAGAAGUAUCUGGAGUGGAGGAGAGAUUUGUCAGAAUUGUUUGGUCCUAAAUGGUUCUAACCUACCCCGGCCUGCCCCUAAUCAUCAGCUUCGCGAAGACAUCAGCCAAGACGGCGAACAGCUUCUCUCCGAUUUAAGUACCAUACAGAAGUGCUACAUGGACGAUCUACCGGUCGUCGCUGAACGCUCCUUGGAUAUCUCUGAACUGCUCUCGUCCGGCGUCGUUCCGAAAGAACGCAAAAGAAGGCACUCACUCAUCGUUGACCACAAUCCUGACACGUGGAGUUUUGCUUCGCGUAUCGAAGAAGAUUGUCUCAUGCAAUUGGCAACUUUGCCAGCCCUGAGAGCCGUAACACUGUAAGAAAAAUACGGUAGGUUGGGUGAUUUAUGAUAAAAUCGGGAAAAGAAAUAAAAUUAUUGAUAUGUGGUGGCAUUUGACAGAAUCUUGGUAGGUGGUCCAACGUUUUCAUUAAUAUUUGUUUACUUUGGUUCUUAAGAUCUUGAUUAUUACCAUGAAAAGUGUAAUACAUUUAUUU